UCCAAGGUAGCGGGUGCCGAGAACCCAAUUGCGCCGGGAGAACCGGGGGCGUGGGCUGGGGCUUCCCGCCGCAGCUCGGAGCAGGGCCCCUGGACUAGUGUCGUUCUCCGAGCCGAAGGGCACGUGGCCGCAGCGCGCUUCUCUGCCACUGGCUUUGAACCUCGGCUGCCAGGGGCCUCUCGGCCGAAGACCCGAGGGGAGGACGAAGGUGUCGGGAGCUCGGCUCGCCCGCUACAGUCAGAGCAGACGGGAGGUAGUUGCCCCCCAUCUCAUCUGUCACACUCUUCGAUUUAAUACAAAUCUAUUCAUGAAGAGCAACUGCCUAAAAACCACAACAUGCCAAGAAAGAAAAAAAGAUCCAAUUGAAAUGUUGCAGUCUGGACAGCUGGUAAAAGUCUGUGCCCCAAUGGUUCGAUAUUCAAAGUUGGCUUUUAGAACCCUAGUAAGAAAAUACAAUUGUGAUCUGUGUUAUACCCCAAUGAUAGUUGCUGCUGAUUUUGUCAGAUCUGUAAAAGCCAGGGACAGUGAAUUUACUACAAACCAAGGUGAUUGCCCGUUGAUUGUUCAGUUUGCUGCUAAUGAUGCAAGGCUGUUAGCUGAUGCCGCCCACAUAGUCUGUCCUUAUGCGAAUGGAAUAGACAUUAACUGUGGUUGCCCUCAGAGGUGGGCAAUGUCAGAAGGUUAUGGAGCUUGCUUAAUAAAUCAGCCAGAGCUUAUUCAAGAUAUGGUGAAACAAGUAAGAAAUCAAGUGGAAAACCCCAGAUUUUCAGUCUCUAUUAAGAUAAGGAUUCAGGAUGACCUUACGAGAACUGUAGAUCUUUGUCGGAAGGCUGAAGCGACAGGCGUUUCCUGGAUUACAGUCCACGGAAGAACGGUUGCAGAAAGACAUCAGCCAGUCCACUAUGAUGCCAUCAAAAUAAUUAAGGAAAAUAUAUCCGUACCCGUAAUUGCUAACGGAGACAUCAAAACCUUAAAAGAAGCAGAAAAUGUGUGCGAAAUUACUGGGACAAAUGGUGUGAUGGUUGCAAGAGGACUCCUAGCAAACCCGGCACUGUUUGCUGGAUAUGAGGAAACUCCACUGAAAUGCAUCUGGGAUUGGAUUGACAUUGCUCUUGAACUCGGAACUCCUUAUAUGUGUUUCCAUCAGCACUUAAUGUACAUGAUGGAAAAGAUUACCUCAAGGCAGGAAAAAAGAAUAUUCAAUGCUUUGUGCAGUACAUCAGCAGUGUUAGAUUACCUCACCGACCAUUAUGGUACGUGACCAGACUUUCUCGAUGACUUUAAUAAAUGCUUCAUUUUCAUAUUUACAAUGACA